CGGCGUGGUGCGCAGGCGCCCCGGUUGCUGCCAACUGAAGUAGCAAUGGACGCACUGGAGUCGUUGUUGGACGAGGUGGCCCUGGAGGGGCUUGAUGGCUUGUGUCUUCCCGCGCUUUGGAGCCGUCUGGAGACGCGAGUGCCGCCCUUCCCGCUGCCUCUGGAGCCCUACACGCAGGAGUUUCUGUGGCGGGCCCUUGCCACGCACCCGGGCAUCAGCUUCUACGAGGAGCCUCGGGAGAGACCAGAUCUCCAGCUCCAAGACCGGUAUGAAGAAAUUGAUUUGGAAACUGGCAUUUUGGAGUCCAGGAGGGACCCGGUCCCUUUGGAGGAUGUCUACCCCAUUCAUAUGAUCUUGGAGAAUAAAGAUGGCAUCCAGGGCUCAUGCCGGUACUUUAAGGAGAGGAAAAACAUUACCAGUGACAUAAGGACCAAGACGUUACAGCCCCGCUGUACGAUGGUGGAAGCCUUUGGCAGGUGGCGGAAGAAACUGAUCAUUGUUGCUUCCCAAGACAUGCGGUACCGGGCCUUGAUCGGCUUAGAGGGUGACCCCGACCUGAAGCUCCCCGACUUCUCCUACUGCAUUUUGGAGCGAUUAGGCCGGUCCCGGUGGCAAGGGGAGCUCCAACGAGACCUCCACAGCACUGCUUUCAAGGUUGAUGCUGGGAAGCUCCACUAUCAUAGGAAAAUUUUGAACAAAAAUGGGCUCAUUACGAUGCAGUCACAUGUGAUCCGAUUACCCACCGGAGCCCAGCAGCACUCAAUUCUCCUCCUCCUGAAUCGGUUUCACAUGGACAGGAGGAGCAAAUACGACAUCCUUAUGGAGAAGCUCUCGGCUGUGCUGAGCACACGGAGUAACCGGACAGAGACACUGGGAAAGCUGAGGGAGGAACUGGGGCUGUGCGAGAGGACAUUUAAGCGCCUGUACCAGUACAUGCUGAAUGCGGGGCUGGCCAAGGUGGUGCCUCUUCCCUUACAAGAGAUCCACCCUGAACGUGGACCUUGCAAGACCAAGAAAGGGACCGACGUCAUGGUGCGCUGCCUGAGGCUGCUGAAGGAGUUCAAGCGGAAGGUCGAAGACCAGGACGACGACGAGGACGAGGAGGCCAUCUCCAAGGCCGUGCCACCGGUGGACAUCGUGUACGAGCGGGACAUGCUCACACAGACCUACGAACUCAUUGAGCGUCGAGGCACGAAAGGCAUUUCCCAAGCUGAAAUCCGAGUGGCUAUGAACGUGGGAAAGCUGGAAGCCAGAAUGCUGUGCCGCCUCCUUCAGAGAUUCAAAGUGGUCAAGGGCUUCAUGGAGGACGAAGGACGGCAGCGAACCACCAAGUACAUCUCCUGCGUGUUUGCGGAGGAGAGCGACCUGAGCCGGCAGUACGAGAGGGAGAAGGCACGGAGCGAGCUGCUGACCACCGUGAGCCUGGCCUCGGUGCAGGAAGAGUCCCUGCUGCCCGAGGGCGAGGACGCUUUCCUCUCCGAGUCAGACAGCGAGGAGGAGGGCAGCGGCGGCAGGAGGAGAGGCAGAGGAUCACAGCGGGACUCGAGGUCCUUCUCGAACGGCAGUCUCAGGACUCAGCCUCACCACUCCACCUCGACCAAGGGGGGGUGGAAAGUCAUCAGCCUUCACCCAUUGAAGAAGCAUCCGUCUUCCUCCCUGGGAGCUGCUGAGAGAGCCUGUCAGAGCUCUUUCAGGGGGGACAACCUCCUGGACACCAGCAGCUCCUCAGACCCCAGCGUGUCCUUGGGCUCCCACUGCAUGGAGAGUCACAGCGGCGACAUAGCCGUGAUAGAAGAGGUCAGGCUUGAAAACCCAAAGGAGAGUGGCAGUUCCCAGAAGCCUGGGAAGCACGGCCCAGGCCAAGACAAACCCCAUGAGACUUACCGACUGCUGAAACGCAGGAAUCUGAUCAUAGAGGCUGUCACCAACCUCCGCUUAAUCGAGAGCUUAUUCACGAUUCAGAAGAUGAUCAUGGAUCAGGAGAAGCAAGAAGGUGUGUCCACCAAGUGCUGCAAGAAGUCCAUCGUGCGCUUGGUGCGGAACCUGUCCGAGGAAGGCCUUCUGAGGCUGUAUCGGACGACAGUCAUUCAAGACGGCAUCAAGAAGAAGGUGGAUCUGGUGGUGCACCCGUCCAUGGACCAGAACGACCCUCUCGUGAGAAGUGCCAUCGAGCAGGUUCGUUUCCGGAUGUCCAAUUCAAGCACAGCCAACAGGGUUAAAGCGCCCCAGCCUCCAGUGCCUCAAGGGGAAGCUGAAGAAGAAAGUCAAGGAAAAGGGGGCCCAAGAGGAUCAGGAGACUCUCAGCUGAAUGCUUCCUCUAAAGUAGAAAGCGGACGGGUGAAGAAGACUGAUGAGAAAAUGGGCAUAACCCAGCUGAAAAACUAUCACCCUGUUGUAGUUCCUGGACUUGGGCGUUCUCUAGGGUUUCUGCCCAAAAUGCCUCGCCUGCGGGUGAUCCACAUGUUUCUGUGGUACCUGAUCUAUGGGCACCCUGCCAAGGACACGGUGGAGAAGCCGGGCUUCAGCAGCGAAAGGAGGACGGGAGCCCCAUCCUCCUCCGGGAGCAACUUGGAGGCCUCCUUGGACGCCCCACCCCAGGACACCCAGGAUGGAGCCACCCGGGAGGGUGAAGUGGAGCUCUCCACGGAGACCGUGUACGUGGAUGAAGCCUCGUGGACGCGCUACAUCCCUCCCGUCCCAGUCCACAAGGACUUUGGCUUCGGCUGGGCUCUGGUCAGUGACAUUCUUCUCUGCCUGCCCCUCUCCAUCUUCACCCAGAUUGUGCAAGUCAGCUACAAGGUGGACAACCUCGAGGAGUUUCUGAACGACCCUCUGAAGAAGCACACGCUGAUCCGCUUUCUCCCCAGGCCCAUCCGGCAACAGCUUCUGUACAAGAGACGUUACAUUUUCUCGGUGGUGGAGAACCUUCAGAAGCUGUGCUACAUGGGGCUGCUCCAGUUCGGGCCCACAGAGAAGUUUCAGGAUAAAGAUCAGGUCUUUAUCUUCUUGAAGAAGAACGUGGUCAUCGUGGACACCACCACCUGUGACCCCCAUUACAACCUGGCCCACAGCAGCCGGCCCUUCGAGAGGCGUCUCUACGUCCUGAACUCAAUGCAGGACGUGGAGAACUAUUGGUUCGAUCUGCAGUGUGUCUGCCUCAACACCCCGCUAGGCGUGGUGCGCUGCCCGCGCAUCCGGAAGAACAGCGGCCCAGAUCAGGGCAGCGAUGAGGAGGGCAGUCUGCAGAAGGAGCAGGAGAGCGCCAUGGACAAGCACACGCUGGAGCGCAAGUGUGCCAUGAUGGAGUAUACCGCGGGCAGCCGUGAGGUCGUGGAUGAAGGCUUUAUCCCCGGAGAUGGGCUGGGAGCCGCUGGGCUCGAUUCCAGUUUCUACGGACACCUAAAGCGAAACUGGAUCUGGACCAGCUACAUCAUCGACAAGGCCAAAAAGGAGACCACCGCGUCGGAGAACGGGCUCACGGUGAGGCUGCAGACGUUUCUGUCCAAGCGCCCGUUGCCUCUUGGCGCUGGAGGCAACGGCAGGCUGACUGUCUGGGGAGAAGCGCGAGCGGGAUCGGGGCUCUGUGCUGACAGAGAAGAACACUUUGAGGUUGGCCGAGAGCCCACGCUGGACAGGAACCAGAAAGUGAGGGGUGGGAAAAGCCAGAAGCGCAAACGGCUGAAGAAGGACCCUGGGAAGAAGAUCAAGAGAAAGAAAAAAGAAGAGCUCCCGGAAGAAAAAAGCAAAAGGCUGCGAUACCACGACGAGGCCGACCAGAGCGCCCUGCAGAGGAUGACCCGGCUGCGCGUCACCUGGUCCAUGCAGGAGGACGGGCUGCUCGUGCUCUGCCGGAUUGCCAGCAACGUCCUCAACACCAAGGUGAAGGGCCCGUUUGUCCCCUGGCAGGUCGUGCGGGACAUUCUGCACUCAAGCUUGGAAGAGUCUUUGGAUAAAACAUCCCAUUCGGUCGGACGAAGAGCUCGCUACAUAGUCAAAAAUCCACAAGCCUAUCUGAACUAUAAGGUUUGCCUCGCCGAGGUGUACCAGGAUAAGGCGCUGGUUGGAGAUUUCAUGAAUCGAAAAUGCGACUACGGAGACCCAAAGGUUUGUGCCAGCGAGUUUAAAGAAUUUGUGGAGAAGCUUAAAGAGAAGUUCAGUUCAGCCCUAAGGAAUCCUAACCUUGAAAUCCCAGACACACUCAAGGAGCUGUUUGCCAGAUACCGAGUUUUGAUGAUUGGAGAUGAAAAAGACCAAGUCAGGAAAGAGGAUGAACUUAAUAGCGUGGAUGACAUCCACUUCCUGGUGCUCCAGAACCUGAUCCAGAGCACACUGGCCCUCUCAGACAGCCAGAUGGAGAUCUACCAGUCAUUUCAGACGUUCCGCCUCUACCGGGAGUACAAGGACCACAUCCUGGUGAAGGCCUUCGUGGAGUACCAGAAGAGGAGCUUGGUCAACCGGCGCCGGGUCAACCACACGCUGGGCCCCAAGAAAAACCGCGCUCUGCCCUUCGCGCCCAUGUCCUACCAGUUGUCCCAGACCUACCACAGGAUUUUCACGUGGCGAUUUCCGAGUACCAUCUGCACAGAAUCAUUCCAGUUCUUCGACAGAAUCCGGGCUGCCGGCAAGUUGGACCAGCCUGAUAAUUUUUCCUUCAAAGACCAGGAUAAUAACGACUCCACGAGCGACCUGGUGGCAUUUUCUUUGGACGGCCCUGGAGGACACUGUGUGGCCGUCCUGACCCUUUUCUCUUUGGGCCUUGUUUCCAUGGACGUCAGGAUCCCAGAGCAGAUCGUUGUGGUGGACAGUUCCAUGGUGGAGAACGAGGUCAUUAAGAGCCUGGGAAAGGACGGCGCCUUGGAAGAGGACGAGGAUGAAGAGGAAGAUCUGGACGAAGGCUCGGGGGCCAAGCGCCGGAGCAUCGAGGUGAAAGCCCGCCAGGCCUCCCACACCAACUACCUGCUGAUGAAGGGCUGCUGCGCCCCCGGCAUCGUCAGCAACCGCAACCUCAACCCCAGCGACAGCAUCGUGGUGAACUCCUGCCGGGUCAAGCUCCGGCUGCGCUGCACCCCGAAGCCCACCGGGCUCGGAGCCGCUGUCACUUCUCUGGAAGAGCUGAUGGUGGGAACCUCCUGCCUCCCUGACACAUUCACCAGGCUGAUAAACAGCCAGAAGGACACCUGCAGCUUGGAAGAGUUCGCCCACCAGCUGGCGCUAUCUGGGUACAAACCCGGAGACGUGUCCGCCGCCCUGGAAGUCCAGGGGGCCAUCGCAGCGGCCGGUUGCUUUGGGGUGGACAGGGUGGAGUUGAGCCGAAGGUUCUCCGCCUUGGCGAGGACAGAUGGGGAGCGCUCCCGGACCUUCGCAGACUACGUCCAGGACCUCUUAGAGCAACAGCAGGUACUGGAAGUCGGCGGCAACACCGCUCGCCUGGUGUCCGUGGCCUCUGCCGAGCCCUGGCUCCUGCACUCAGUGCGGCUAAAAGACAAAGAGGAGGGCACUGACCCUCAAAGAGAAGAUCCCCAGGCCAGACCCCCCGAGGGGCCUUCCAGCGAGGACGACCCCUCUGAGAGGCAGGCACCACCUUCUCAGGGCCCCCUGAACGCCAAGAGGCGUGCCAGCUGGGCCAGUGCAGAUGUGGACAGCCAGGGAGGGGGAACCGACCCCGAGAGUGCCCCGGAGCCCCCCACAAAGAGGCCCACACUCCAGGACGUGCGUUUGGCCCCCAGCCUGGGGCCCAGAGCAGAAGAAGAACCAGAAACCCAGGUGCCUGCCCUGCCCACAGCUCCUGAGGACACAGGCGUGAGGGAGCCUCCCCCCAGAGCAUCGGAAGCCAGGCAGGAGGACCAAGAGGGCGUCGGGGUACCCAGCUCCCCAGGCCGAGAGCAGCUGAGCUGUCAGGCCCAGCCUCCGGAGGGCCCUGAAGACCCCAGAGGUUUGGCGGACGGUUCUGCGGCCGGGGGCCUCUCCCAGGCAGCGUGGGAAAGGGACUGUGAGAGCAUCCGCUUCAUCGGGCGCCCGUGGCGCAUCGUGGACGGCCGCCUGAACACGCCUGUGAUCAAGGGCAUGAUGGAGGGCAUGCUGCACCACAUCAUGACCAGGCCCGGCGUGCCCGAGAGCUGCCUGCUACAGCACUACGAGGGCGUCCUGCAGCCCCUCGCUGUGCUCGAGCUGCUCCAGGGCCUGGAAUCCCUCGGCUGCGUUCAGAAGCGCCAGCUGAGAAAGCUCCCGGCCGUCUCGCUCUUCUCUAAGCCGGUGGGCGGAGAGGCAGACACGCCCCCCAGCCCAGGCGGGAGCCCCAUGGUCUUCUACGAGCCCACGCUGGACUGCACGCUCCGCCUGGGCCGCGCCUUCCCCCACGAGGCCAACUGGAACAAGUGGGUCCACUUCUGAGCCUCCUGUCCCAGCGCCGGCCCUGAGGAGAGGAUGUUCUCUCCUGGGGGUCCCACGUGUGCGGUACAGCCUGGCGAGGUCAGGGCACGGGGGGGCCCUGCGUCCCGCCUGCUGCACGGGGACACUGUGUGCCCAGCCUGCGGCCCCGCCUGUAGUUCCUGGCCUGGAACUCUGGAAGGAAGCCUGCCCGCCCGCCUGCUCCCAGGCCCUUCCGGGGCUGCCCCGAGGACUGUGCUUCGUCAGCCCGGGGCCUGGGGGAGAGCUUGGAGACACUGGUCCCGCCUGCUCUCCUCCUCGUGUUCCCGAUCUCUCUGGAACCUGGGUUGUGGGGAGCGUCCUCCAAGGGCUUCCGAGGCGAGGCUGCCCAGGCCCCGAGCCUUCUGUACGGACAUCCACUGGCCAGUGAGGGGUCAGGAGCUGGGGGCCGUGGGGGUCUGCCCCAUGCACGCAGACCUCGCGUUCCAGAUUCCAGCCACCCCGCCGCGGAGGACUCUCCCUGCUCCCUGGAAAGCCCUUGUGGCCUGAGGGGCAGGGCCUCUUGGGGCCGUGUCACGGAGCGGGGCUGGGUGCCCCACUGCCGAGGGCCCGGCAUAGACUUGCUCCUCUCCAGGCAGCACCCCUGACCCCUGGGCUGGGGCUGAGCCUGCGACCCGCCUGCAGGCCUCCUGCCACCUAGGAACGGGGAGUCCCGGCAGGUUUGGGGUUUGUUUUGUUCUUUCAACCUGUUAUUAAGAAAAAAAAAAAUCCCCUGGCAUGUAUUUAUAUAUUUUUUAAUUAAAGCGAAGUAAA